UAAAAUUAAAAAAAUCACGUUGUAGCUACUCCAAUGUCUUCAACUGGUGGGAAACAAGAAAAUGAAGAAGACAAGCUACUUGUCUCUCUUCGCAAAGAGAGAGGUUGGGCAUUUUCCCAUGUUUAUCUAUUUCAAGAAUUUUGGUGGCCAUCGUCAUUUAUUCAAGAAAUAAAUAUAUUUCAAAACAACUUUCAAGCAAAAGAUAGUGAUGUUGUUGUUGCCAGCUUUCCAAAAUCAGGCACUACAUGGUUGAAAGGCCUUACUUUUGCCAUUGUCAACCACCAAAGCUUUCCCUCCAUAGAGAAACAUCCAUUACUUACUUCUAAUCCUCAUGAACUUGUGCCUCCACUUUAUACAUUUCGUGGUAAUAAUACUAAUAUCCACGACCAAUUCCUCCAACUAUCCAACAUGGCCGAGCCAAGACUUUUUGGUACUCACACUCCAUUUCACUCACUACCCAACUCACUCAAAGAGUUCAAUUGUAAGAUAGUUUAUAUUUGUCGGAACCCAUUUGAUGUUUUUGUUUCGGCAUGGAGUUUCUUUAAAAAAAUCAAGGGAGGGCCUUUACCGACACCAUCACUAGAAGAAGCUUUUGAAAUGUAUUGCAAUGGGAUAAUUGAAUUUGGUCCAUGGUGGAGUCAUAUGUUAGGCUACUGGAAAGAGAGCAUAGCAAGACCAAACAAGGUUCUAUUCUUAAAGUAUGAGGAUCUUAAAGAGGAUGCCAAUUUUCAUGUGAAAAAAGUUGCUGAGUUUUUGGGUUAUCCUUUCACUCACGAGGAAGAAAGUAAUGGCGUAAUUGAAAGCAUAGUCAAGCUAUGCAGCUUUGAGGAGAUGAAGGAUUUGGAUGUGAACAAAUCUGGAAUAAUAAAUUUUCAAGUCAAAAGCUUUGAGAAUAAUCUCUUUUUUCGAAAGGCAGAAAUAGGAGAUUGGGUAAAUUAUUUUUCCCAACCUAUGAUAGAAAAAUUAUCCAAAAUCAUUGAAGAAAAGUUAAGUGGGUCAGGUUUAUCAUUUAAAAUGAAAUAGAGCUGGUAACAUAAGUUGUAUAAGUGGCCAUACAAGAGCCAAGCAUGUAGCUUAUUGUGUGGCAUACAUGUUUUUGUGAUUUUUACUGUUCCUAAAUAAAGAGGUAGCAUAAGUUGUAAUGACAUGUGACUAUUU